CUGGGGUUUGUGCAGUCAAGUUGGACUAAAUAAAGAAUGAAUGUUUGGCUGAAUUGUGUAAACAUGUUUGCUAAGUAGCUUGUUUUUAUAUAAUAAAUAGAAAUGCGAGAAGCAAAAUUGUAGACGAGAAGUGUAUAAUAACAAGGAAAUGCCUGAGGCGUCCAUAAUAAAUAAGUAGUCUAUUAGUUUGCCGAUAAUACAGACUGUCCAUGCAAUCAAACAAACAAAUGAAACAAGAUGCUGAUGUGAGAUCUACCAUUUCUGCAGAUUCACUGUUUUAUUACUUUCUCUUUUCUGACAAGACGUUAUACUACUUUAUUUGUCUGGAGAAGGUGCAAGGGGCGGAAGUUAAGUGGGGUACUUCUUUCUAUGAAGAUGUGUAUUGAUAUUUGAGCUCAUCUCUCAUACAUAGUUUGGGGUGCUGCCGCAAAGACGUUGCACAAGUAUGGCUUCCUUCAGGAGCUCAAUUGGGAGUAGUUUUUCACGGAUUUGUGGUGGUGAACUUGAACUGGGUUCUUACUGCACUCAAAGAACUAUUAUCAAUGGCAUAAAUCUGGUCUUCCUCUGUGUUUUUCUCUUAUUUACCCUUAUAAGCACCAUACGGAAGCAUUAUAUUACUGUUCCAGCCAGAAGGGACCAGUUCUCUCUAGCUAUUUCAAUUUGCUGUGCUCUUACUAGCAUUGCAUAUUUUGCUGCUGGUUUAUGGGAUCUAAUAUCCGAAAGUGAUGAUCAAUCGGAACAUUUUGUCCGGUUGAAUUACUUUGCCAAAGGACUAAUUUGGAUUUCUUUCACUGCUUCAUUGCUAGUGCAAAGUUCCAAAUGGAUCAAAAUCUUGAACUCUGUUUGGUGGUUCUCCUCAUUUUCAUUGGCCUCGGCUCUAAACAUCGAAAUACUUGUAAGAACUCAUAGCAUUCAGAUGUUUGAUGCAAUGACAUGGCCAGUGAGCUUCUUACUUCUGUUGUGUGCUGUUCGAAACCUCAGUCACUGUGUUCAUCAGCAUGCCCAAGAUAACAGCCUAUCUGAACCUCUAUUGAGCAAAAAAUCGACAAGAAAGAGCCAGAAAUCAGAACUAGAUCGGGCUAGCUUCCAAAGCAAACUGACAUUUGCUUGGAUUAACCCUUUACUCAACUUGGGUUCCUCGAAAACAUUAGCUCUCGAAGACAUCCCUUCUCUUGUUUCUGAAGACGAAGCAGAUUUAGCGUACCUAAAGUUUGCCAAUGCAUGGGAUUCACUCUUAAGGGAGAAGAGCUCAAGCAGCACCAGGAACCUGGUUCUACAGACGGUAGUGAAAGUUUACAUGAAAGAAAAUAUGUGGAUAGCAUUUUGUGCAUUUAUCAGGACAAUUGCAAUUGUAAUUUCUCCUCUUAUAUUGUAUGCUUUUGUAAAUUACUCGAAUAAUGAAAAUGCAACUCUCUCUGAAGGCUUCACUAUAGUGGGGUGUCUAGUUCUUUCCAAAGUGGUUGAAUCUUUAAGCCAGAGACAUUGGUUUUUCGACGCAAGGAGGUCUGGAAUGAGGAUGAGGUCAGCCUUGAUGGUGGCAGUUUAUAAAAAGCAGCUCAAGCUUUCUAGCUUGGGAAGGAGAAGGCACUCAGCUGGUGAGAUUGUAAAUUAUAUAGCAGUUGAUGCCUAUCGAAUGGGCGAGUUCCCAUGGUGGCUACAUUCGACAUGGACAUAUGCGUUGCAACUAUUCCUUGCCAUUGGAGUUCUUUUCUGGGUGGUGGGUCUUGGUGCUCUUCCUGGUUUGCUUCCUCUAGUCAUUUGUGGUCUCUUGAAUGUGCCAUUUGCAAAGACACUUCAAAAGUGUCAGUCCCAAUUCAUGAUCGCUCAAGAUGAGCGACUCAGAGCCACUUCUGAGAUCCUGAACAGUAUGAAAAUCAUCAAGUUACAGUCUUGGGAAGAGAAAUUUAAAAACAUUGUCGAUUCCCUUCGUGAACGUGAAUUCAAAUGGUUGUCUGACUCGCAAUUUAGAAGGGCUUAUGGAACUUUGCUGUAUUGGAUGUCACCCACCAUCAUCUCUUCAGUUGUCUUUCUCGGAUGUAUCAUUUUCAAAAGUGUCCCUCUUAAUGCAAGUACCAUAUUCACGGUUCUAGCUUCACUAAGGAGCAUGGGGGAACCUGUAAGAAUGAUACCAGAGGCUCUUUCAGUGCUAAUCCAAGUCAAGGUUUCAUUUGACAGGCUCAAUGUGUUUUUGCUUGAUGACGAGCUGAAAAAUGAUGAAGUAAGGAAGUUGCCCUCAAUGAAUUCCGAUAAGAGCUUAAGAAUAGAAAGAGGUAAUUUCAGCUGGUAUCCUGAUCAAUCAACAGAUCCAACUCUUAGAGAUGUGAAUUUAGAAGUGCAAAGGGAGCAGAAAGUUGCAGUUUGUGGACCAGUUGGAGCAGGAAAAUCAUCACUACUAUACGCUAUACUUGGAGAGAUGCCGAAAAUUUCAGGAACUGUUGAUGUAUUUGGAACCAUAGCCUAUGUUUCUCAAACUUCUUGGAUACAAAGUGGGACAGUCCGUGAUAACAUACUCUACGGCAUGCCAAUGGACAAGAACAAAUAUGAGAAUGCCAUAAAAGCUUGUGCUUUGGAUAAGGACAUCAAUAGUUUUGACCACGGUGAUCUUACUGAAAUAGGCCAGAGGGGGAUUAACAUGAGUGGAGGGCAGAAGCAGCGGAUUCAACUGGCCCGAGCUGUCUAUAGUGAUGCUGAUAUUUAUCUCCUUGAUGAUCCCUUCAGUGCAGUGGAUGCCCAUACUGGUGCAACUCUAUUUCAUGAAUGCGUCAUGGCCACUCUAGCAAAGAAAAUUGUAAUUCUGGUGACUCAUCAAGUUGAAUUCAUCUCAGAAGUUGAUAAAAUUCUAGUAAUGGAGGGUGGACAAGUUACUCAAUCUGGAAGCUAUGAGAAUCUCUUGAUGGCAGGAACAGCAUUUGAGCAACUUGUAAAUGCUCAUAGAGAUACAGUAACAACAUUGGGUCCUUCGAAUAAUCAAAGCCAAGAAGAAUCUGAAAAGGGAGAUAUAGUUAUGCCGGAGGAACUUCAGACAGCUUACCUCACUACAAAUAACAGUGAAGGGGAUAUUUCUGUGAAGGGUGUGCCUGGCGUGCAACUAACAGAAGAAGAAGAGAGAGGGAUUGGUGAUGUUGGACUGAAACCCAUUCGGGAUUAUUUUCUUGUGUCCAAAGGAACUCUUCUUGUAAUCUUUGGCAUAAUGACACAAUCUGGUUUUGUUGGUCUUCAGGCUAUUUCAACUUAUUGGCUAGCUCUAGGCAUUCAAAUGCCUAACGUAACCAAUGGCAUGCUCAUCAGCGUUUAUACAGCAAUUUCAACACUUAGUGCUGUCUUUGUAUAUCUAAGGUCAUUUUCAGCAGCUUAUAUGGGAUUGAAAGCUUCUAAAGCCUUUUUCUCUGGUUUCACCGACGCUAUUUUUAAGGCUCCUAUGCUCUUCUUUGACUCAACCCCUGUUGGCCGGAUUUUGAUACGAGCCUCAUCUGAUUUAAGUAUUUUGGAUUUUGAUGUACCUUUCUCCAUCAUCUUCAUAAUGUCUGCUGGCCUUGAACUCCUGGCAACGAUUGGAAUUAUGGCUUCUGUCACAUGGCAAGUUCUCAUUGUAGGCAUUCUCGCCAUGGUUGCCGCAAAAUAUGUUCAGGGGUAUUAUCUAGCCACUGCAAGGGAACUAAUAAGAAUCAAUGGAACAACCAAAGCUCCGGUUAUGAACUAUGCAUCGGAGACAGCACUUGGAGUGGUUACUAUAAGAGCUUUUAAAAUGGUUGACAGAUUCUUCCACAACUACUUGAAGCUAGUUGACACAGAUGCCCGACUGUUCUUUCAUUCUAACGCAACCAUGGAGUGGUUAAUUUUAAGGACAGAAGUACUUCAAAAUUUGACCCUUUUUGUGGCUGCUUUCUUACUUAUCUUACUUCCCAAGGGUUAUGUUGCUCCAGGGCUUAUUGGCCUUUCGCUGUCAUAUGCUUUAACGCUAACGGGGACACAAAUUUUUGUGACACGAUGGUAUUGCAACUUAUGCAACUACAUUAUCUCAGUUGAAAGGAUAAAACAAUUCAUGAUGAUUCCGCCAGAGCCUCCUGCAAUUGUGGAGGACAAGAGGCCGCCAUCUUCAUGGCCUAACAAGGGUAGAAUAGAGCUCUAUUCUCUGAAGAUAAAGUAUCGUUCUAAUGCUCCUCUAGUUCUAAAGGGAAUUACAUGCACAUUCAAAGAAGGCACUAGAGUAGGAGUUGUGGGAAGGACAGGAAGCGGAAAAACUACACUCAUAAGCGCUUUGUUUCGCUUAGUAGAGCCGGCAAGUGGUAAAAUUCUUAUAGAUGGACUUGACAUAUGUUCGAUGGGCCUAAAAGAUUUGAGAAUGAAGCUAAGCAUCAUCCCCCAAGAACCAACUCUUUUCAGAGGUAGCAUCCGAACCAACUUGGAUCCUCUAGGUCUUUACUCUGAUGAUGAGAUAUGGAGGGCUCUAGAGAAGUGCCAGCUCAAGGCGACAGUCAGCAACCUACCAAAUCUACUUGACUCCUCUGUGAGUGAUGAAGGGGAAAAUUGGAGUGUCGGGCAACGCCAGCUCUUUUGCCUCGGAAGAGUCCUUCUCAAGAGGAACAGAAUUUUAGUUCUCGAUGAGGCUACUGCCUCCAUUGAUUCUUCAACAGAUGCCAUUCUGCAGAGAAUCAUAAGGCAGGAAUUCGCAGAAUGCACUGUUAUAACUGUAGCUCACAGAGUUCCAACCGUCAUAGACAGUGACAUGGUCAUGGUUCUCUCCUAUGGGAAGUUGGUGGAGUAUGAACAACCUUCAAAGCUGUUGGCUACCAACUCCUACUUCUCCAAGCUUGUUGCUGAAUAUUGGUCAAGCUGCAAGAAAAACUGAUGCCACCAAUUAAAAUGUCAGCACCACAAAUCACCUAGUUCGCAAUAUAAAUUCCCUGCUCCUAGAAAAUUAGUAUUCAUGGCUGAAAUCAUCGAUGGAACGUAAUGCUUAUUGUGGAAGAAAAAAUGCAGAUGUAAUUAUCAUUUGUAACUUACAAAUCAACGUAAUGCUGUUAAGAUUGUCUUCGUGUUAUGAGAAGCUUGAGAUCACUAUAAAAAUGGAAUAAUAGACCUUCAAAUCUUCAUGUUGGAAUAACACUCGUUGUAGAAACAGAUGUUUUGCUCC